ACACACACACAGAGCGCAGCAGCGAGCAACAUCUCCAGACACAACCCGCUUCUCUACGCACAGACACAACACGGACACCCCGGACAGGUGAGUGUUGCUCUCCUCUGUGUUUUAUUGUUUUUGAUCCUAAUCCAGAUUAUGUCUGCUGGAUUUGUUUGUGAAAGAGGACCGAGGACAAAUGUUGCAGGAACGUUUCGAUGCAUUUAAUCCAUCAGUUUGAAUCGAUAGAGGCUCAGAGAGAUUCUGGAUCUGGUUAAGCAGGAGAGAUAACUUAGAACAGCAUUUAUAACUUAUUCGGAUCAGUGACAUCGAUAAACAGCUGGAUUGCAGCGGAAUUAAUCGGUGAAUUUCGGUUUAAUUGGUCAGAAUCGGUCAUUUCGUCGGUCAAAACUGAGUUUUGGCAUUACAAAUUUUCUCUUUUCUCUUUAUUUGCUCCUGAGAGCUGUGAAAUAGAGAUUGUCAGUCCUGUGAACGUGUUAAAUGCUGCUAUUAAACCCAAUUUGCUGCUUUAAAUGGAGAGGAUUUAGUCUCAGAGGCUGUGCUGGAUGAGCUCAUUUGUGAGGAAAUUCUCUGGAUGGAGUGAUUAAUCGAUUUGUCCGUUGAUUUAAUAGAUUCCAACAUAAACAAACUGCCGUGAUUAAUCCAUUUCUCAAACAAACCUAAUUUACAAGCUGCUCUCUAGAUACAUAAUAGUCUAAUUUAAUCUCAUUCACACUCUUGAUUGUAUUUUAAUAAAAUUUAAAGUUGAUUUGUAUACCUGUUAAUGGAUAUUUGCAGCAGUUUUCUAAGUAAAUGGUAUUUUUAAAUAAAUCAGGUUCAAACGCACAAACAAACUGAGAGUUUGAGUUAUUUUCAGGGUCAUGAAUCUGUAGGUGCUAACGGUUACUCACCCUCUUACACCUGUCAGUCUUAUUGUCAUUUAUUUCUAGCUCCUCUGACGCACAUUUGAGUCCUCAGCUUUGACGCUGAUUUCUCUCCUUAAAGUUUGAUGGACUGAGAAGAGCUCAGGUUUCAGAAAAGUCUGAUUUGUUUUUUUAUUUUCUCUACCUGAAGGCAGCUUUCCCAACCAAGUUUCCAACACUUCAUAUUGACAAACACGGCUGUUUAUAGAUGUCUGAAUUGUGUAACACUGCAGGAUCAAAAAUACAAUUUCACACUUGUCUGCCUGCAACAUUUAUAUGUGAAGUGCUGCUUCAGAGAGGGUUUAUAUCUGUGUGUGUGUGUGUGUGUGUGUGUGUGUGUGUGUGUGUGUGUGUGUGUGUGUGUGUGUGUGUGUGUGUGUGAUGCAGAGGGUCAUAUUUACUGGGAUUUAUGUCAGUCUUGAUUUACAGCUAAAGGGUUGAGCUUCCAAACAGGAGUGAAAUCUCUGAGUUAAAGGGUUGAGUUAUAUCAACACCGUCUGAGUGUUUUAGUGAGUGUGUCGGAAACAAACAUAAUUUCAGCUUAUUCUCCAAGUCAGGAACUUUGAUUUGCAGACUCUCGAGUGCUUUUAGUUUGGUUUUGUAUCCAAGGAGGUAAAAGCGCCUCGAAUCAGAGAGAUGAAGAGUGAGUGUUAGUGCCUUUUUUGAACAGCAGGGGGCACUUUCUGACUCUCUGGUUGGAGGUCAUUGACUGUCAGCUAUUUCCAGAUAAACCUGAAUAAAGUCAGAGUCAGAAUAUCCUCAACUGGCUUUUUUUUUUAAAACAGAAACCUCUAGCAAUAAAAAGUCGAAGCACAGAAAUCUGCAGUUCCCUGACUGUCCACUUGGGGCUGUCUUCAAAAUCCCAGGAAACCCCACGACUGCUCAUUGACGUGGACAAACCAUAGCCUGUAUAUAGAAUGGACGCUGUCUGCCUCCUCUCUGGGUGAAGCCUCAGUGAGAAUAGCACCCUCUGGUGACGGGCUGCAGUAUAGGUCAUUAAUCCUGCCUCCUUAUGGAGCUGUGGACAAACUUUAUAAAUUAAUGACACAGAAUAUAAAUGUUUCUCCCCCCUGCUUGUGAUGUUGACAUGAAGUUACUGUCAGACUGGUUUGUGUUCAAGUCCUCUUUUUUCUGUACAGCUCCAUUUUUAAAAGUUAUUAGGGGGUUCAUGUUUUCUGUGAUUGACACUUGAUACAUCCUAUGAGCGCAUGAAGAUUGCAUAGCUCACCCGGGGGAUAUGCUGUUUGAGACGAGUGUCAUCACAGCGAAUCUAAGCGACUCUCCCACCGAAUGCAUUCAACACUACUGCGUAAUGUUGGUUUCAGGAAACUAAGAAAAAUUCUGGAAAUACCGAGAACUUUUCAGCUUCAAAUGCGUAUACUGACGGGAGGCGGAACCAAGUUGUCCAUAGUUUAUACAGUUGAUGGGACAAACAUUUUAGUCUAAAUGACCCAUUUCUCUCUUUGUUCACUCUAUGCAGAGGGUUAAAUCACUCAUCACUUUUACUCAUGUAUUUUAAAGCUACUGAAGACAAUUUACUGCAUACGUCUAACUGAAACUGGACUUUUUAAGAACACGUCUACCUGAAAUCAAACGGGAUUAUAUUUUUUUAUGAUUGGACAAACAUGUUUGUCAAUUGUUUUGGUUCGUGACAUAAUGAAGAUGGACAAAUGGUGGUGAACUGAAAGGGGGCUGGAUGACUGGAUGAUCCUGAUCUUCAGGGCAUUGAAAACAGACAGGACUCUGGAGUGGAGAUCACCGCAUGGAAAGGACAACUGGGCGAAAUGUCUCAAGUAAGUCCAGUUGUCCUUUCCAUGAAGAACUGGAAAUCGUAGAUGCUGCAUCCUCAGUUUUAAAGAGUAGAGGGUCCACCUGGCUGAAUUAUUUCAAGAGACUUUUUUUAAAUUACAAAACAACAAAAUAUUUCAUGAAAUGCAAAAACAUUUGAGUGAAGAGGUAAAGAGGUAAAGAAUUUUUUUUGUUUUUACGAGAUUUUAAGUGUUUUCUUAAUUAGUUUAGGUGAAAAUUUUGAGACAAAAAAUUAAACUUUUGAGAUUAAAUUUGAAAUUUCAAGAUAACAGAAUGUUGAAAUGUUGUGAAAAAUGUCAACAUUUUGAGAUUUAAAAAUUUAAAUUCUGGGAUUAAAGUAAAAAUUUUGAGAUUAAAGUCGACACAAAUAAAGUCGAAAUUUUGACUAUUUAAAAUUUCGACUUUAAUCUUGAAAUGGAAGUUAAAAAAUCUCCCUCCUGUAAUUAUUUUUUUGUUCUCUUCUUGUGGCCUUAAUCCUCUUUCAUAGUUUACUGAUAUGUUUUUGUGGGGUUUUUUUGUAUUCAAGGACCACUUUUUUGUUUUACAAAACAUUUUUUACUUUUUUAGUCUUUUUUUAUUUAUUUUUAUUCAUUGUGAAAUUCUUGCCCACUUGACCUUAAGGCCCACCGUAGUUAGCAUACACACAGCUAUGAGUCAAUGAUCUAAUAGUGCAGAAUAAACAUCCCUCUGAACAAACUCUGAAAUAGUCUGAAUAGUGUAUUAUUAUUAUUAUUAUUAUUAUUAUUAUUAUUAUUAUUAUUAUUCAGAGUCAGUCUUGGAUUUGGAGGGUCUUAUUUUCAUAGUCAAACCCCCCGUCCCCCUGGUGCAGCUCCAGAUCAGACUGGAUCUGCUGAAGCUGCCAGGCUCCAUCAGCACCUCCAACAGUCAGACAGUUUUGGGGGUGAAUCUAUCAUCCUGUCAGCAUGUGGCUCACUGAUGGAUCACUCACUUCAUCUAUGGAAGCCUGCUUCUGACAAAAAAGUUCCUGUAGGUCACAACUAGUUUUCAUCCUGUCGCUACAAACGAUGGAGAACCCUGAAGACAGAUGGGACUCUGGGCGCUGUGAAGCUGCGGAAAUAAACGCCUGAAUUAUGACAAACGUUUGGUCGUUUUCUGGCACGUUGAUCUGCUUUGGUUCGUUUCGCUGAUGGGAACUAAACAAGCUAAAGACGGAUGCUUAAAGGUGCAAAAUUCCAGCAAGAUUAUAGAUUUUAUAUUGGUGAAAUCCUUCACUUUUAAAUAGUCAGCGGAUCAAUACAAACACAAGCAAAAACAAAGACUGAACGUCUUUCCUCUCAGAUCUAUACGAUGUAAAUUAUUUAAGCUAAAAGAAAACUUCAAGAUUACAGUUUUUAAACUCUGCAUUCAGCAUUUUCUCUUCAUUGGAAGUUUAAUACCUGCAGGAAGUCACUGAGAUUCUUUCAAAGUAAAAGCACGGCAUCAUUAACACUGAAUUAAUUCUCUGUAUUUUAAAAUCAAAGAGAAAAAGUCCUCUUUGUGAUAUUUAUCUACAUGAAACUAAUGAGUGUAUCAACCCCAACAGAUGCUGGUCUGCUGGUCCCCUUUAAUAAGAAACCAGGUGGAGAACCAGCAUAGAGGCUGGACUACAGUUUUCUGCAGACAGGACAUAGAUAAGUGUUUGGGUCAGAGUCUCUCAAAAUAAUUCAGUUGCCUGUUCUGCAGAAAACUGGAGCCAGUUUGCAUGCCAGUUCUCCUUCUGGUUUCUCAUUAAGGGGGUAAAGUGUUUUUUUUUAACUAGUGUAGGUGUUUAGCAUGAAAGAGGAUUACCGGCAAUUUCCACGGUACCCUGAAUGGCUACUAAAAGGCAGAUCGUGGCUGAUCGUAACCAUUCAAGUUAACGUGUCAAUUUCCACCGGCUUCUUUCCGUUCCUCUGUGGAUCGCCGGACACCACAGCUGAUCACAAGAGUUCUAUUUUUUCCGGACGCUGGAGCAUGCCAGGUAAAUUCAGCACAGAUUAACCCGUACUGGAAAGGAAGUCUGACACAGACACAAAAUAAAACAUCCAGCUUCUUUUCAAAAUAAAACACUCAAUGUUUCAGGAGGAUCGUAUAUCACACCAUGCAAUCUGGCAGAGAUAAGCAAGUGAAAGGUUUUUAGACGUCAUUUCACCCCAAUGACACCAUGAAUGAGGAGAUGCUGAUUCUAGAAGUCUAGAAGUAGAUUUCCUCCUCUGGAAGGACACAAUCUACUGCUUAUAUGUCUAUGUGGCUGUCUUUAUAGAGACAACUUAUCGCGCGAUUGCACAUGAAUCUAUGGAUUCUUGUGAGUUCUUGUGACUCCCGCUGGCCGUAAUCUGCCACGAACUUCACCUCACAAACAGAUCCGGUAGGAAUUGGCGUACAACGAAAAUCACUGUUCUGGAUUAGAGCCAUUCUAGAUGCGGUGGAAAUACCAGGUUAGGUCCACUAGAAGAGAAAAAAUAACAGGAAGGAGAUAUUUUAACUUCCAUUUCAAGAUCAAAGUUGAAAUUUUAAAAAGUCAAAAUUUUGACUUUAUUCAUGUUGACUUUAAUCUCAAAAUUUUCACUUUUAUCUUAAAAUUAAAUUUUCUCUUAAUCUCACAAUUUCAACAUUUUUCAUGACAUUUUGACAUUUUGUUAUCUCGAAAUUUCAACUUUAUUGACAUAAUUUUGUUUGUUUUUUUAAUCUCGAACUUUAAACUUCAACCUCCUUUAAUAGUCGCCCAUUCCGCAGAAAUCUGUAGCUUAGCUUUCAUGCCGGUUCUCCAUGUGGUUUCCCAUUAAAAGGGUCGAGCAGACCAGCAUUCACUGUGGCUCAAAUGAUUACUAGUGACCAAGUACUCCUUCAGGGUCUCCUGUAUCAGUCAGUAACUUUUCAACUUUCAGGUCAGGAACAACAGUUAGCAUUCAGUCUGAUCGGUUUACAAAGUUCACCGAAAAUAUAAAGGAGAACAUUAUCCAUAAUGAGGUCCAGGGUUUGCUGUGGACCGAUUAAAAACUAUAUCAUUUGAGAAUCCCCAGUGAGAAUAAUUGGACAUGAGCAUACAGAGAGCAGACGUCUAAUUACACCACGAUCAGGUCGUUGUUCAGCAAACCUGCGCAGAGAUGGUUAACAUCAGCUCCACAAAGCUCCUGAACAGGUUCAUUAAUCAUCAGUCUAAUGAAAGGAAUUAAUGCUCUCUGGAGUCCUCAGUGAUAUGAAGACGAGCUGUGAGAGGGUCAGAGAGGAAGAUUUUUACCUUGACAGAGAUAAUGAGGACACUUUUAAUUUGACGGGAAACACACAGGAAACUGCAAUAAAAGCCUCAGAGUGUUAGAGAUGUUAGAGACGGUGUGUUCAUCUCAGCUGAACGUGAAAAUAUGAUCUCUGCGGUCAUUCAUCAGGUCGUCUGCUCAUGAGGCGACAUAUCGGUUGGAUUACUUUUGUAACUUUUACAUGAGGAGAGUGAUCUGAGUGAUCUAAAAAUGUGUAGACUUUCCUGACCCUCAAUGUGACCCACCAAACAAUCCAGAUCCACGUGAACCUCAGGAUGAUUUCUGAUGAGAGAGAGAGAAGAGAGAGAGAGAACGAGAGAGGAAGCAUGAGUCAUCUACCUGCCGGGAUGAGGAUGAGAAUGAGGUUUGAGGAGUGCUUCAGUGUAAAACCAAAACAUUUCAAAAUUUUUCAUCCCUGGUACUCAGCAGCUCUCAGGCCAAACAUUUCAACUGUCCCCUACUUUCAUUUCACACUGCGACAAAUCACUACAAUUCACCCCCACAUCUCUGAGGCUUAUAAACACCAGGCUGCUGCUGCUGGAUGAGGUGGACACAGUUUGGUUUAGUGGAGAGGAAGAGUUAAAGGUGGAGAGGAUUCCUCAUGGAUCAUCUUCUGAAGUUUAUCUUCGGACUUCUCUCCUUGUCCUCGUAUACAUGUAGCUGAGAAAAUCAAAUUAUGACGUGAACGUGUCCUCCUCCCCAAAACUAGGGGGCGAUAUGGCGCUGUUUCCGACCCCAUACAACCAUCAACAAUAACAGCAGGUCCGUGCCAGACGUCAGAAGUGUCUACAACUGCUGCUGGGAAUUUUGGAGCAAGAAGAUGGAGCAUCAUACAGCGUUGUUUUUGUCCUACAUGAUGGACACAGAUGCACGCUACUCCUCUGGUGUUUUUGUUCCAGGGUUACAGGGGCGUGGCGCAUGCGCACAUGCAUUGUGUGAUCAUACUCCGACUACGCUGGUUACAUGGUGGAGAAAAUUAAAUUCCAAUCACAUUAUCUGGGUGUCUUAAAGGUGGGGUAGUCAGGAUCUGAGGAAGUUCCAGUUUUUAGGAGAAAUCUUGAAUGUAAACUCUACCCCUGCCAACCAGUUUUCCCCUCAGCUCCUCCUCUCCCCUCCCUCUCUGCUCCAGCAAGCCCCGCCCACAAACAGACGCUCCUGCUCGCUUGUAUCGCUCCAAUUAAAUUCAGAUAUAAUGCAGAUAAAUACUUCAGAUAAUUACAAAUGGCGCCCAGUCAGUGUGAAAGUAAAAAGCAUUGGUGCUACUGUAGAUGCCAACAGACUACCAGCAAACACAAUGUUUGCAGGACUUCUACAACUAGGAUAAAGUGACAUAGUCCAGGACCAGAGGUCAACAGUUUAGCGGUGCUACAACACGCUACAGCAGGUCCCGUUUGACAAGAAACACUUCUGUUACGGACUCUUGGCUUACUUUGUUAAAGCAGUUUACCUGUCCAGCAGAAAGGUUACAGGGUCACCAAGAUCCUGAAGUGUCCCCCAUCGUUUAUGUUGACCUGGCUUUUUAGCUCUUGUCCGGUCGACCUCCGUUUUAAGCGCCCGUUAUUCCGCCAGAGUCUCUGGUAUUUACUUCAUUUUCUUGUUUGUGUUGGCAGUCGUGGCCAAAGGAGGAUUCAGACAAUUUUCUGAACAUUCUGGUUGGUUUCUACUGUCCGAUAUUGUAGCACGCUAACUUUGUUUGGACUCAUGAACGACAUGGGGGAGCAGCGUCUGCCUCACAACCAUUCAGGUCGAGAGAGGCGAAGAACGGCUUUGUUUUCAGUCAGAAAGAGCGGACCACUCAAAAAUGUUAAAAUGUUGACUACACAGACAUAAGAGAACACAGUGAUAUUGUGAUAUUACUAAAUGUCAUCAAUAACUACUAUCUAUUGACUGAUAUUAAAAACUUUUUUGUAUAUACACCACAAAAAAGAUGCUUCUUUAAUGGAUUCCUGCCUACUCCACCUUUAAUCAAAGUUCUCAAACUCCGAUUAUAGUCGGUCUAAGGUGUUUAUAUGCACUUCAGUUGUCCGGUCUUAAUCGCAGUAAGGCGAUAAUUCGGUUUUCUCUGGUGUCAUGUAAACGUACUGACUGAAAAUGGUCAACACCGCAGGUUAAAGAUUCAUCAGGCCUGAUUUGCACACAGAAAAAUCAAGUUUACUUUAAUUAAAGGCACAAAGAUGAACUUCAGUCACAUCCAUGAAGCUGUAGCAGCAAACUUAACAUUUAGUGUAUUUUAUGAAAAUAAUAAUGAAAUCAGCCAAUGUGAUAUCAGUUAUAGGACCUCAAUUUCAUGUUCUGUUGAUUUAGUUUUUCCCUGGUUUUGUUUAUUUAAGUGUAUUUUCUGUGUAUUUUCCCCAGUGGUCCUGUCCCCCUGUAGUCCUGUCUUGUGAGUUUUCAGUUUGUUUCCCUCCUGUUCUCAGUGUUUUAUUCUUUAGAUCACUUUUCACUGUUUAUUUUUUGUUUUAUUUUGUAGUAGUUUAUUCCCUGUGUCUAUCAGCUUGUUUUCCCUCCUCAGUAAUUGUUCUCACCUGUGUCCCGUUUGUCUCACCUGUUGCUCAUUAUCCUCUGUUUAUAUUCCCUGUCUUCCCCUCUGCUCUUGUUGGUUCAUUGUAUGUCCAUGUGUGCGUACGCUUGUGUCCCAGUUGACUCCUUGAAAUGUUUUCCUCAGUAUCUUUACUUGGACAUUUUGGAAGUAAGUUUUUGUUUCUUUUUAAAUAAAUCAUUUUUUAAUUUUUUUAUCUGCAUUUUGGGUUCUUUCCCUUUUGGUUGAACUCCGACGCUCGAAUCAUUUGGCUUUCUUAUUCUCAGUGUGCAAGAGAAACUGUCUUUACAUUGAGGAAACUCUCCCCUCGUUGCUGUGGGAACGAUGUUGGUUUAACUGUGAAUUCUGGUGAUGCAACAUCUCAAACGCUGAAGCAUGAAAUCCAUCAACUUGCCCUAAAAACAUUCGGAGGCUGUCAGCUCGGAGUGCAUUACUCCUCUGCUGCACUCCUGAACCCGACAAACUUGGCAAAGUUGAGCGACACCUUCAAAACAUUUUAGAAAAACCCAGACGCUCGUCUGUUUGAGUCUGAUUACGCCUAAGGCAGAACGUCUCAAGUUAGUCCAGUUGUCCUUUCAAUGAAGAAUUGGAAAUCAUAGAUGCUGCGUCCUCAGUUUUAAAGAGUAGAGAGUUUACUAAGGUCUACAGAGAGCUGAGGACACAAAUAGAGUUAAAAAUGAAGCUGUAAUGACUUUUUGAAAACAUGUUGCUGACAUUAGAUUAAAAAAAAAAAAUUCCACUUUCAUCAUUUUGUGUUUUCCUUUUAAUGAUUUCUCGUUAUGUAAAUGUUUUCCACAGUGCCGCCUCGAUCUCUUUUUGAAUAUGAGUUGUAAUUUUCUUACUGUGGAGCUUUUUCUAUAAACCAAUCUUGAUGUGUAAAAAUUUAAUUAGUGCCAGCAGUUUGAAAGAUGAACCAGUUUUUACUUAUCAAGCGCUGGUGUCUGAUUUUUGCAUCUUUUUAUAGGGAAGUACGGUGGCCCUGAGGUGCAAAUCACAAAAGAAAAUCAGAAAACAUAACGAAUAAAAAAACACAACACAAAAAGAGAAAAUUCAACAGCAAAAGUUAAAAAAAAACAACUGCAAAUCAGAACUGUGGUCAAGCCGGGCAAAUUCUUCAUUUACUGUAAUUAGCAUCGUAUUUUAAAAAAGUGGAAGUCCUAAAGGUGCUGGCUCGCUCAUUCAGGAUCAUUUGAAUGCAUUUACCGUAAAUAGUAGAAAACGCCAUGUUAGGUUCGCUAAUUUAAGUGUUUGAACCCUGGAAAAACAAACAUCCACUGGCUUGUUGUUUUGUGUUCUCUUUUUGUGGUUGUUUUCUUUUUUUGCUGUUGUGUUUUACUCUUUUUGUCGUUGUGUUUUCUCUAUUUGUUGUGGUGUUUUUUUCUUUCUUUCUGUCGUUGUUUUUCUUUUUGUCGCAUUUUCUCUUCGGUUUUGUUUUUGUUUUUGUUUGUUUUUGUUGUUGUAUUCUCUCUUUAUGUUAUUGUGUUAUCUCUUUUUGUCAUUCUGUUUUCUCUUUUUGUCGUUAUCUUUUCUCUUUUUUUGUUGUGUUUAUCUUUUUGUCAUUAUUACCUCCGCAAAGGAGGUUAUGUUUUCGGUAGCGUUGGUUUGUUUGUCUGUUAGCAACUUUCCGGGGAAAGUAACAGACGCAUUGACCUGAAAUUUUCACCAGAGGUGCAUAUCAGUCCCAGGAGGAUCCCAUUAAAUUUUGGUGGUGAUCCGGACAAAAUUCUGGAUACUGUGAUGCAGAACACACAAAAAUAAGGGUGUCGUUGGAAUUUUCAAUGCUGAACGAUAACAAAUGGGCGGCACAGUGGUGUAGAUAGGCGGCAUAGUGGUGUAGUGGUUAGCAUUGUCGCCUCACAACCAGAAGGUCCUGGGUUUGAAUCAGUGUUGUUUUUGGCAGGCAUUUUAGAUUUAGUUUUAGUCUUAGUCAUUUUGACGAAAUGGUUCUUCGUUUUCGUCCCAUUUUAGUCAUUUCUAUCCUUGAUAGUUUUCGUCUAGUUUUAGUCCGACAAAAACUCAAAAGGUUUUAGUCUAGUUUUAGUCGACGAAAAGGUGCCUUUUGAGGUUCGUGGUGUUCUUUCCCGACAGUUUGAAGCCGCAGCAUGAGGAAGCUGUGGCUCCACAACUGUCGUCUGUCUCGUCUCCCCGUCCCCGUACAAGACAUUGUGUUUUAUUGUCACUUGGACUGUAUCUGAAGUAGGACCAAAAUCAUCCCUCUUUUUUCGGCCACCGGGCACCGCUGCUGUGCCUGCCGCCACGGUGUGUGUUUGCGCGUGCCUCGUCCACCUGCCGCUCUGUGUAUGUGUAUGAGUGUGUGCACGCAGCUGUGCGCGAGCAAGGCUUUUGGUGCGUGUGUGAUGGGGGCGUGACUGUUAGGACAAAAAAAGCAUGUUUUGAAACUUUGUUUUUCCACCUAAUAACAAUUUAGUCUCGUCUCGUUCUCGUCUGACGAAAAUGAAUAUAAUUUUCGUCACAUUUUAGUCUUUACAGAGCUUUGGUGACGUUUGUCUUAGUCUCAUUUUCGUCAAGGAAAAAAGGGGUCUGACGUCGUCAUUUAAGUUUUCGUCCUGCCUGACGAAAACAACACUGGUUUGAAUCUGGGUCAGGGCAUUUCUUUUUAAUGGGGGACCAUGAGCUGCUUGGGGGAGGUCUGAGCUCUCAGAGUGCUUUUCUAGUUUCAUCUGUUGUGGUUUCCCUUUCUUGUGUUUUCUCUUAUUGUUGUUUUAUCUUUUUGUCAUGUUUUUUUUUCUGUUAUGUUUUUGUUUUUCUGUUGUUGUGUUUUACCUCUCUUUUGUUGUUGUUUUUUUCUUUUUUGCAGUUGUGUUUUCUUUAUUUGUUGUGGUGUUUUUUCUUUCUGUUGUUGUUUUCUCUUUUGUCGUGUUUUCUCUUUUCGUCGCAUUUUCUCUUCUGUUUUGUUCUCUCUUUCGUUGUUUUUUCUUUUUUGUUGUAUUUUCUCUUUAUUUAUGUUGUUGUUUUUUCUCUAUUUGUUGUGUUUUCUCUUUUUGUUGUUGUGUUUUCUCUUUUUGUCAUUGUUUUUUUUCUUUUUGUCUUUUUUUUUCUCUUUUUGUGUCGCGUUUUCUCUUUUGGUGAAUGCGUUUUCUCUUUUGUUGUUGUGUUUUCUCUUUUUGUUGUUGUGUUUUCUCCUUUGUUGUGUUUUCUCUUUUGUCAAUGUGUUUUCUUUUUAUCCUUGUGUUUUCUCUCCUGACUUUUUAUUUUCAUGUUGGUGUGUUUUCUCUUCUUGUUUUGUGUGUUGUUGUUUUCUUUUUUUGUUGUUUUGUGUUUUCCGUUAUUGCGUUAUAUUUCCUGUUUUGUUGUUGUGUUUUCUCUUUUUGUUGUUGUGUUUUCUGUUUUGCUGUCAUGAUUUGCACCUCAGGGCCACCGUAGUGAAAUAUUUUCUGUGACCAAAAAUCUAGAUUUUGACUUUUUAGUGUAAAACCUUCAUAAAAAGUGACAGAACAUUUGACAGUCAGGAUCAUCUGCCAACAACCUUCCCCAGCAGGAUCUGGCAUCACUUCAGUGCAGCUCUCUGAGGGAUAGUUGGAGGUGACUCACAGGUGCUUAUAAACAGCUUUAAAACGCUGCUCUCAGAUGGUGUUUGGACACUAACAGGACAAGUUCAGAGACAUUUUUAUGCCAGAAAUCACCUUAAACUAAUUUCCCUUUGGAUUUAAAUGAAGCUAAAAAAGACCGAUCUCUGAAGGUGGUCUUAAAUAAACACUAAAAAUAUCAUCUAAAUAAAAUGAACCUUAAAUUACGGCCAACAGUAAAGGUUCCUGUUGAUACUGUUGUAUAACUGAGAAUCCUCCAGUGACGGUCAAGAGCAUAAUUAAGCUAAACUACUGUGACGUGGAGCGACAAGUGAAGCCAAAAUAAGCCAAAAAGGGAAGGACAUGACCAAAUGCACGAGUGUCUAAACUCUACAUACCACAUAAAUCUACAGUACUUUUAGGUUUAUAUCUGGAGUUUUUAUUAAACACUAUUGAUAUCUUCUCUGGACUUUAUUGAACUGGUAAAUUCCUGCACACAUCUGUGAUCUGAGAAUCUCUGCAAACUCAGACGAGUUAAAAUCAGUCUUGGACAGUCAGGGGGCGGGUUUGUCGACAGUCCUGGACUUGAGACCCUCUUAAGGUUUGGUGUAAAUUGUUGUCCAGCCUGGGACUCAGCUCCAUCUGUUCAGGGUUUCCCCUCUCCGCCUCUUUAUGCCGCUGACCCUCGUCACCAGAAUAAAGUCCUGAAGCAGCACUCGUCCAGAUCAAUCAUUUUUAGAUAUUUCAUGACAAUUGGCCUAAAGCUUGUUUUGUGCCGCAGUCUCAGUGGUCGUAUUGAGUCGUGGAUCAGGGUCUCCUGGUUGCUUUGCUUCAGUUUUGCCCUCUUGAGAUUUUCAGUUUUGCAGUGAAAUAUUUCCCUGAUUAUCCUGUUAGGCCACUGGAAAGGGCCACAGACAGACCAGGACACAGGAGAGUGGAUUUGGACUCUUAUGUUUGAGUUUGGACCUACAGAGUUAUAUUUGUUUAACUCUCACUGAAGACAUCCAGCUCUAUCCUGACGCCUGAAGCUCAACGCAGGAAAAGUCCUGGCCUGGUCUGAGUAGCUUAAGUCGCAUAAGUCCCAUAAUGUUACCUGUUAAGUCAAGCCUUGCAGAUGGAGUCUGGGGCUGUUGAACCCUUUGAUUUCUAAUCUCUGGUAAGAACAUCAGAUGUGAGAACAGCACGUCCUGCUUUAGCGCUGAUUGCCGUCAUUAUGAGGGUGGUGGUAAGUGCUCAGUCUGAAUUGCAGAGGUAAAUCUCAAAGAUAUCGAUCUGACGGCAAGGAUCUCUGGAGACUCCUCUCUGAUUCUCUAGCCGCACAUGAAAUUACAACUUGUUUCUCUGCCCGUAUCUUCAUUUUGCAGAUUGAUCGCUGGCAGAGAGAUGCAGUGGCUGUCAUAUCUGAAGGCUCGUCACGCUCCUGUGUAAUCAGCAGCAGAGUGUGGGAGGCUCGCUCCACUUCCUCAUCUACUCAUUUCACUCUAUUUAUAUGAGCAGAGAACAGCUCAAGAGCACCAAGGCUGAAUCUUCACACUCUGCUGGAUAUUUGUACCAUAAAGUGAAUAAAUGCAGACUACCUAUCUCUAUCACUCUCUCUGUUUUUGGCCCAUUAAGCAGAGAGCUCAUCAUUAACAAUAUGGAAGAUUUCAUUUUUAUCGGACCUGUGUGUACCGGUUUGAUUUCUGCCCGCUCUGAUAACCCUGGAGCAGGAAAACCAUCUUUAAUUAUCUCUGGAUGUUUCUAAUGAAGUGGAGACAGAGUGUAGGAACUGUAAAGGGAAAGUUCACUGUUUUUGAAGUGAGGUGUAUGAGUUACCCCCAAAUUUUUACCGCAUCCGGAACUGCAGCGAUAUUCCCUGUCCGCCAAUUCCUACCGGAUCUGUUUGUGAGGCAAAUUUCGUGGUGGAUUACGGACAGCAGGAAUCGCGAGAACUCACAAGAACCCAUGGAUUCACAUGCAAUCGCGCAAUAACAAGUUGUCUCUAUAAAGACAGACACAUAGACAUAUAAGCAGUAGAUUGUGUCCUUCCAGAGAAGGAAAUCUACUUCUAGAGUUCUAGAAUCAGCAUCUCCUCAUCCAUGGUGUCAUCAAGGUGAAAUGGUGUCUAAAAUCCUCUCACUUGUUCGUCUCCGCCCUUUUGCCUGGUGUGAAAUACGAUCCUCCUGAAACACAGUGUGUUUAAUUUUGAAAAGAAGCCGGAUGUUUUAUUUUGGGUCUGUGCCCGACUUCCUGUCCAGCACGGGUUAAUCUGUGCUGAAUUUAUCCGGCAUGCUGCGGCGUCUGGAAAAAAUAGAACUCUUGCGAUCAGCUGUGGAGUCUGGCGAUCUGCAGCCGAACAGAAAGAAGUCAGUGGAAAUUGACACAUUAACUUGAAUGGUUACAAUCAGCUACAAUCGGCGGAUACAACCUUCUAGUAGACGUUCAGGAUAUGGUGGGAAUUGGAGGUAACACUGUUUUGGAAAGUCCUGAGUCUAGCUGUCCUUUUAAUGAAGAAUUUGAAAUCAUAGAUGCUGCAUCCUCAGUUUUAGACAAGAUCUCCAGGUUUAGGAGCAACAUCUGCGUCCAUGGAAGACCUUCAUAUGAUCCCAAACCACAUUUUGACAACAGUUGAAAUAUGGAAUGUAGAACUCUUGUGAUCAGCUGUGGAGUCCAGCGAUCCGCAGAGAAACUAAAAGGAGCCAGUGGAAAUUGACACGUUAACUUGAAUGGUUAUGAUCAGCUAAGAUCGGCGGAUACGGCCUUUUCGUAGACGUUCUGGAUGCAGUGGAAGUUGGGGGUUACAUGUGAUCAGCUCUUCAUUGAGAAGCUAUUGGAGUACCGGCAUGCAGGCUGGGCUACAGUUUUCUGCAUGUGACUGGUUUUUAAGAAGCUAGUUUGUUUGUGAUUUUAGUUCGAAGGAUAAAUUAAAAAUAUGAUAAUGCGGAUAUUUAAAAGGUCAAAGGUUAGGCUUUGUCUUCAAGAGGACAGGAAACAACUUUUAAAAUGUUUAAUUGUCGAGUCAAAGGUCAGAGCCAUCAUUAAUGAUGCAUUCAGGAAGGUCAGGAAAUCUUCACGCUUAUUUAUGAAAUAUGAUCCGUGUGUAGAUUUGGGAUUUGAUUGGAGGAGUUUUUGUGCAUAAGUGACAGUCAGCAAUCUGAAUCAGGAAGAGCCGUCAACACCAUAUAAGGAGGUGUGGAUAUGUACUUCCGGGCUUCACCUGAAAGGUGGUGUAGUCAGGAUCUGAGGAAGUUCCAGUUUUUGGGAGAAAUCUUGAAUGUAAACUCUACCCCUCCCAACCAGUUUUCCCCUCCUCUCCUUCGAUCCCGUCCCUCUCUGCUCCAACAAGCCCCGCCCACAAACAGACGCUCCUGCUCGCUCGUAUCGUUCCAAUUAAAUUCAGGUAUAAUGCAGAUAAAUACUUCAGAUAAUUACAAAUGGGGCCCAGUCAACAUGAAAGUAAAAAGCAUUGUUGCUACUGUAGAUGCCAACAGACUACCAGCAAACACAAUGUUUGCAGGACUUCUACAACUAGGAUAAAGUGACAUAGUCCAGGACCUGAGGUCAACAGUUUAGCGAUGGCGCUACAACACGCUACAGCAGGUCCCGUUUGACAAGAAACACUUCUGUUACAGACACUUGGCUUACUUUGUUAAAGUGGUUUACCUGUCCAGCAGAAAGGUUACAGGGUCAACAACAUCCCGAAGCGUCCCAAAUCGUUUAUGUUGACCCGGCUUUUUAGCUCUUGACCAGUCGACCUCCGUUUUAAGCGCCUGUUAUUCCGCCAGAGUCUCUGGUAUUUACUUCAUUUUCUUGCUUGUGUUGGCAGUCAUGGCCAAAGGAGAAUUCAGACAAUUUUCCGAACUUUCUGGUUGGUUUCUACUGUCUGAUAUUGUAGCACGCUAACUUUGUUUGGACUCAUGAACAACACGGGGUAGAAGCGUCUGCCUCACAACCAAUCAGGUCCGGGAGGUGGAGAACGGCUUUGUUUACAGUCAGAAAGAGCGGGCAGCUCAAAAAUGUUAAAAUGUUGACUACACAGACAUAAGAGAACACAGAGAUACAGUUAUAUAACCAAUAUAUCAUCAAUAUGUCAUCAAUAACUAAUAAUUAUUAACUAAUAUUAAAACCUUUUUUGUAAAUACACCACUGAAACAGAUGCUUCUUUAAGGGAUUCCUGCCUAACCCACCUACAGUGGCGUGAAGUGGGUCCGUGCAGCUCACCUGGGUCCUAUGAAGACCACACACAGAUGGUGAAUGUGUGUGCAGCUACUCUCAAUUGUCCUCUUUCUUGACCUGGUACCCGGUACUCUGUAAAUAUGCAAUAAUGAACCGCUCUGACUUUGAUCUGUUGAAGGUUUAAACGUGUCCAAUCCUGGUGUAAAGGUUAAAGCUAAUAUCUCACAUGAUUACCUCUGUGUGUGUGUGUGUGUGUGUGUGUGUGUGUGUGUGUGUGUGUGUGUGUGUGUGUGUGUGUGUGUGUGUGUGUGUGUGUGAGAGAGAAAGAGAGAGGGCUGAUAACGUGGUUGAGGAGGGAGGAACAUGCUGCUGCAUUUGUUAGUAACAUCAUUAAUCAUCUCGCCCCCUCGCUGUGAGAGGACGAGGAUGUCAGACUCGUUCAUCGCGGGAAAACGUGUGAUCUGAUUUAUGAAAGUUUGCAGAAAUGAAGACAAGCUCCUCUGUGAAAGGUGUGAUCACAUAGAGAGAGAGAGAGAGAGAGAGUCCUCUUCCUCACUCUUAGAUCCAUUUGCAUGCUAAUUAUGUUUAUCUCUUAGCUGCUGCUAGAACUGAGCGCAGAUUUUCGCCGAGCAGCUGCCUUUAGCGAUCCAACAGGCAACCUCACAAUCCUCCACACAAAGCAGCAAUAAAUCAGCGUUAUUAUUUCUGACACCGCAGACCGAUUGCUCUCACACUGAAGGUGUUGGACUGAUUGGAUCGAGAGGUUUUAGUGUUGGUAAUUAUUGUGCCAAACAGCUCUUCAGCUGGAUGUGAGACCCAGAUGAGCUCGAUAAAAUCCACUUCUCUCUCUCUUUUUGAGGGAUUAAGAUCAGAGAGCGAUUUUAAAAGCAGAUCAGGCUGCCAGCAGACCUUAUUUAGAUAAAAGUGUGACUGUGACACUUUGAAGCAGAAGCACUAGAGGAGGUGGGAUCGCUGGAACGGGAGAGGAUGAGGCUGUCGACCAGGAUCCUGUUUGAUCUUCUGCAGCUUCAAUUCUGUGGUGUGGGAUUGCAUAAGAUGGAGAAAAGUAGAUAAUGUGUGUGUGUGUGUGUGUGUGUGUGUGUGUGUGUGUGUGUGUGUGUGUGUGUGUGUGUGUGUGUGUGUGUGUGUGUGUGUGUGUUUGUGUGUCACAGUUUGUCGAAGCUCUUUUAUACUCCCACGGUUUUGGAAACGUGUCCUGAUUGCUGUCAGUAAGAAUGGAUAGAGAUGUUAGACUAUUAGAUAAUAAUCGUCUCAAACUUACGUAAAUGGAAGAAGUCAGCACUGAAAUCACUGGUUUUAUAUCUCACUCCUUCUUUCACGUGCUUUAGGGUCUUCAUGUGCAAAAAGUUUAGGACUUCCUUCAUCCUGCAGGACACCAAGUCCAGCUGAUCAUCAAAACACAUAUCUGCUGACAGCUCAGCUGGUCACCUCCAAGUGUCUAAAAACAAGGAUUUUCUUUAAACGGCCAACUCUACCUGCGUCCUCUGAAAACUGCUCUGCACCCAGCGGGUAAAGACCCAGGAGGUCUUUGCUGGUGGUCUCCCUGCCUUGACCUGUCUUAUGUGCUUUGCAACCUUCAUCAGAGCUCCUCCUGUUUGUCAUGUUUCUGUUCUUACCAGGAUCAUUUUAUCCUUCUUGAUGCCUGCUCUUCUUAUAUCUUAGAGUUCUUUGCUGCUGCUCUCCCCGCCUAUCUCAACCCCAGAUCCCCCUUCCUAUGCGGUCUGCUUUUACUAGUGUCAUAUGUAUUGUAAUUGAUGUCUGCUCUAUUCUGUACCCAGACAUCUUUGCUGCUGCUCUUUCUGCCUUGCUCUGCUCUCAUUUUUACCGGUGCCAUACAAAUCACUUCUGAUGCCUGGGCUGUUUUGUAGAUAAGGUUCUUUGCUGCUGCUCAUACCCAACUCCUUCUUUUCAUGCCUUACGUAUCCUUCUUGAUGCCUGCUCUUCUUAUAUCUUGGCAGUCUUUGCUGCCGCUUUCCCCACUUAUCUCCACCCCAUCUCCUUCUUUUCAUGCCUGGGCUCUCAUGUGGAUUAGGUUCUUUGCUGCUGGUCUCCCUGCCUUGACCUGUCUUUUGUUUCUUACACCCCACCUUCAUCAGCACUCCUCCUGCUUGUAAUGUUCCUGUUCUUACCAGGAUCAUGUUAUCCUUACUGAUGUCUGCUCUUCUUAUAUCUUGGAGGACUUUGCUGCUGCUCUCUCUGCCUAUCUCCACUCCAUAUCCACCUUCCUAUGCAGCCUGCUUUUACCAGCGUCUUUUGUGUUUAGGGAAACCAUAUUCUGAAUCCCCAAAAAGAGGACACGACUUCACGGGGACAGAGUCAUGGAGUUGUGUGUGGUUAAUUUUGAGAGUUUUUCGGGUCGGAUCGAGUGUUUCUUUUAGUUUUACUCAGUGUAUGUCACCCUAAACACAAAUGACACAGGUAAAAGCAGACCACAUAAGAAGGGAAGAUCUGGGGUGGAGAUAGGUGGGGAGAGCAUCAGGACCAUAUACUAAAUCCCCAAAAAGAGGACACAACUUCACAGGUGUGGUUAAUUUUGAGAGUUUUCAGUUUUUCGGAUCGAGGGUUUUUUACGUGUUUCUAACUCAGUUAGUCCACGCAACACAAACUUAAAACUUCCAGACAUAACCCCGGACAUUUGAAGGAUUUUAUAAACUCCCCCAGACAGGGCCGGACAGCCCCCAAAAAAGAGGACAUGUUCGGAUAAAAGAUGACAUAUGGUCACCCUAAUUGUAUUGUAACUGAUGUCUGCUCUGUACCCAGACAUCUUUGCUGCUGCUCUCCCCACCUAUCUCCACCCUAACUCCUUCUUUUCACGCCUGGGCUCUUAUGUGGAUUAGGUUCUUUCCUGCUGCUCUCCCCGCCUCGGUUUUUCCUUCCUGUGUUCUCUUAUGUACCCAAAAUACAUAAAGGAUAAGACCCGGAUAGUGAAUUUCAGUAUCUGUUGAAAUGAUUCAUGAAAAGCUGCAGCUCUGCGCUCAUUCUUUGUUUCAGGAAGAUAACAGCGACAGUCUGACAGAAAGUGACUGUCAGAUGAAAUCAGGGGAAGAAGUGUGAAAGUGCCAUCUGCACCACUGUGAUUUCCUGUUCUUUGGGCUGUCUCGUCCUUGCAUUUGUCCUCUCUUUCUUUUCAUAGCUGAAGCCCCCUCUCUCACCCCUCUUGGCUGUGUGUUCACAGUCUGAAUUAUUCCCCCUCGAGCUGAGGAGACACUCGAAUUCCUGAGAGACAUCAAACCUGGAGGAUUGUUUCACCCACAAUGUUUGACCGCUUAUUUCAACAGUCUCUGUCUGGCACUGCGGUGAAGAAAGACGAUUCACAAAGUCGAAGACAGAUAAACUGGAAACAAACCAAAACCUGAGCCGUCUGUGUACAACCUCUGUGUCUGCACAUAAACCCUGAUCUAUACUUGAAUCAAGACCGGAUUAAAUGGUACUCCUAUCAGCAGGUCCCAGUCCCACACUCGCUGCACACUGAGUUUAUUUAUACCUCUGCAGACACACUAACCAGAAAACAUCAUUACAGCGCCCCUAUUUUACUCUUGUGGUGACAUUCAGAGCAUUAAAAGCUCUUCGCCUACACAAACCUUGCAGAGAAAAACCUCAACUUCAUGCAAAUUUUGCACAGAUUUCUCGAAAACACAACAAGGUCUGUAAAAAAGAUGAACCUCAUAAUGAAGAGCAGGUCCGUGUCGGAUCAACUCAACACGUUGAUAGGAUGUCAUUUUUAUUCCUCUUUAUUAACAUAUCAUGGAGGACAGGAACAGGACUAUAGCAUGUCAAUGGUUUGGUCAUGGUCACUCGUGCACCGCUACCACACAACGUAGUCAAACCCCCAAUUUCCACCGCAUCAGGAACGAUUAUAAACAGUCAGUGGAUUUCUCUACGGUGAGCUCUGUUGACCCUGGGCCCGGCUCCGCCCACUAUGACUGUCUUUGGACACGCAUAAUUAGGGUUGGUAAGGGUUGGUAAUUAGAAACCGGUUCCUAAUGUCCAGUUCCGGAACCAUCAAGCAGAUAUUUGGAUUUCGAUUCUUUUGUAUUGGUUCAGAUUGCUCGAACCAGUUUGUUUUCAGGGCAUGUAGUACUUUGCUCAGCGUUCUGUGUGCAUCCGCUAGCAAGAACAUCACUCAACUGAACGUGGACCGCAAAAGAACUCUGGUUAGCGCCCUGGUUUAAACUCAACUCAACUCAACUUAAUUUGUUAAGCACUUUAAAACAACCACAGCUGAACAAAGUGCUGUACAUAACUAUGCAUAACCAUGCAUUUUUUUAAUCCUACCUCUUUGAAGAAAUGAAAUAGAGUCAUUCAGAACCAUUAAUUGAAUCAUUCAGAAUGAUAUAAAAAUAUCAUAAUUAAGACUAAAACAGACGACUUCCUGUCUGUCGUAGACCAAAAUCAACGUACUAAUAUUGAAUUUAUGUUCAAACUGUUUCAUUAUUAUCAUUUCUACACCCUCUAUAUUCCCUGGGUGAAGGCCAAUCUCGCACCGUGAAGAUUAAUGAGGCUGAAAAUGUGCUUAAAUCACUAUCUGCUUCAUGACUUCACCAGCAGAUCCUGCUGCAGUCGGGUUUUUAGUUUGCUGGUUCUGAACUUGUUAACUGAGAGAAACUGGGUCACCUCUCUAAAUGGAGACUCGGGCGAACAGAGUGAUGAAUAUUAGAGGGUUUUGAGGUUAUGCUGUGAGGAAAACUUUUGGUGUCGAUCUCAUCCAUUAGCUUUGUGUAGAGUCAUCAGUUCUACACGGCCAUCAUCGAGUCCAUUCUUUGCUCCUCCAUCACGGUGUGGUACGCUGGGGCCAUUGCUAGGGACAGAUACAGAUUGCAGUGCAUUGUGGGCUCUGCUGAGAAGGUGAUCAGCAGUAGCCUUCCAUCUCUCCAUGACUUGUACGUCUCCAGGACUCGGGGCCGAGCAGGUCGGAUCACAGCUGACCCUUCUCACCCUGCACAUGGACUAUUUGAGACACUCCCCUCAGGCAGGAAGGCUACUGUCCAUUCGGACCAGAACCUCCCGCCAUAAGAACAGUUUCUUCCCCUCUGCCGUUGGACUCAUGAACCCCUUAUAACUCAGUCACUUUAACUCCGUCACUUUAUCACUGGUCACUUCAGUUUAAUGUACCUUUGUUUUUUAAUUGCACUCCUCCCACUGCACUGUUGUUCUGUAUUGUGUAGUUGUACAUAGCCUGUACAACUACACAAUGCUAUGUACUUACUGUACAUAGCAUUGAACAUAGCCUUUUAUACUUUUAUACUUUAUAUAUGUCCUGCAUGCUCUUAUCAUUUUCUAUUCUAGUAUUUUAUAUAUUAUUCUCCGUUUAAUGUUGCACCAUCACGCCGUAAAAAAUUCCUAGUCUGUGGAUCCUGUUCAUUGACAAUGGCAAUAAAACCCCUUCUGAUUCUCCUUUUUCUUCUUCUGAUCAAAAUGCAUAAUUAAGCUUUUUCUCUGGUGUUAUUGAUGAUUGGGUGCCAGUUUAUCUACUGAACCUGGUUUUUGCACGUGGACCGGUCUUCAUUUAGAUCCACAAAAUGAGAGUGAAGCUCUUAACACACAUUCGGUUGCUGUUUUGAGUUUUUUUGAUGAGCAGAUAUUUUCAUAAGGACUGAUUGUGUUUGCAUGUUCGGGCAGGAUUUUGAUUGGCGUCAUCAUAAGCUGGCGGUUUGUGUGUGUGUGUGUGUGUGUGUGUGUGUGGUAACACCUGUUGGUGUGUCAGCUCCAUCCCUCAGGUCCCACAGACGCUGUCAGAGGAGAGAAACUCAGAGCGACAGAGACAGGCAGAGAUCUCCAGAGAAGAGGAGGGAGGCUGUCAACUGAUUAUACCCCUGUGUGUGUGUGUGUGUGUGUGUGUGUGUGUUCAGCGUAUGCUAAUGUGAGUGAGAGUGUGAUGAAUGUUGUAAUCAGCGGCUGUGUAUUGUGAGAGGAGGAGAGGAUGACUGUUAAUAAGCUGCAUCUUAAACGGCUUGAGGGAGGAGGACUCUCUGAUCAGAGACUCAGACACGACGCCCGUGUUAUUAUUAACAUGCACACGUUUAUUAAUCCACUUCAGGGAGGCGUGACCUCUCUAUGAUCACAGGAUGGUGUGUGUCCCUCAUGUGGGUUUUGGCAGAUAGAUUAAUUGUUUUCAAACCGAAUCAUGUAUUUAUUUACUGUUAUCACAAUUUAUACACUCAUCCAUCUGGGAACUUCAUGUUCAGAAAAACAUGAAGUGACCCUGUUUGUAGUUUGGCAGGUGACUUUGGAGAUCAGCCAAUAAAAAUGUUACCUCUCUGCAGAGUCACCUUUAAAAUCACAUUUUACUCUAUAAAUUAAAAUACUAGAAAUAGAAAUGACUCCUGGAGACAACCUGCACAGGUGUGGGCUAAACACAUCGACUGUAUAUACUAUGUACACCUUGCCAUCCUGGUAUUUCCAGGAUUUUCUCCACUUCCUGGAGCCAUCGCUUGUGCAGUAGCGUUGUAUGCAUUCAAGGGUGUAGACUUGGGUAGGGACACAAGGGGUACGUCCCUACCAAUAAUCAGCUGCUACAGUGUAGUCUCUAUCAGUACAACCACUGUCUGCAGUGUUUAAUCGAUGAUUAUGGCACACAAAGGGUUAACAGUCGAUCUCUGCUAGAAGUCCCGCCUCUAACCUAAAUAUUGCUCUUUGUUUGGCUGCUGGUUUCUCGCUUACGUACAGUAACCGGACAGUAAGCAGACAGGGCAUGUUAUCUGCAACUGAGAAGUGUAAGUUGUCAACAUGUUUGGCAUAUUGUGCCUGGGCAACAUCAGCUUAAAUGGAUUUUAAUAUCAGGGGUGUCAUUUACAUUUACAUUUGUGUUUGUGUCGGUUUGCGUGCAUGUGUGGUAUAGGAUAUGAAGGAUGUCAAAGAAAAGAAAAUGGGAUAUAACAGACUUCUUUAGGAGUCAGUUGUGGAAUGCAUUAAAUUAUGAUUUACACAUAUUCUCUUUAGAUAUUCAGAUAUAAAUCAUAAACAUGACAAUUUUCUGACUGUGAUUGUUUGCUUGUUUGAUCAGCUGUACAUGACACAAAAUUAUGAUUGCAAAUGCAAAAAAACAAACUUUCAGGAGGACAAUUGUCCCCAUAAAUGUCAAAAUCGAACCAAUUCCAUUGGGUUUAUGACCUAUCCUGCAGCCCAACACCAGAGGGUGCUCUUCUCAGAGUGGCUUCGCCCAACGAGGAGGCAGACUGCGUCCAUUCUGUUCUUUAUGCAGUCUGUGGUUUAGCCUCAAUGUCUUUCCAACCCAAUAAAAGUCUGUUACAGAGACUGGACAAUCAAGUCAAAGCAGUCUUGACCCCCCACUUGGUGGUCAUGUGAACAUGCCACUCACAGGCUUUCUCUGUGAAGAUCCAGGGUAGGGUACAGUCUGCUGAGAUCCUAACCUCACCGUGCUGGACUAAACCAAACCACACUACUUGGUAGAAACCCCGUAUCAUGUUCUGUGACUGGACUAUACUAAUGUUACAUCUUUAACAACCAUAGACCCUCAAAAAACUGAACCAAACUAGUGUGUGGUGGUAUGACGGUAUACAGCAUGUGAUGGUAUAAAAGUGUCUACCGGUAGAAAUUUUGCUUUACCGUUUAUACGGGAGAGAGAGCGCAGAUGUAUGAGCGCAUCCGUUUGGCUGCGUUUCCAUAUAUUCACCAGCGUAUCAUGCAGAGUUUGUUCGCUCUGUUUGAUUGGUCAGGUUUGGGUGUGCUCCCUAUAAUCACCAGCAUGUCCAGCAGACUGCUUGGCAUAGUUUAGAUGAAGAAGAAACAGCUUCACUGGUGGUGGUCAUGGUGGACGCGGAGAUUAGCGGCAGUACUGAGCAAACGGAGGCAGCCCGACCCACCCAACACGAGGAAGAAGAGGAGGAACUUUUUCCGAAAAAGGGUGCAAGUUGUGACAUCGGUUGUCUGGAGAUUAUUUGGAUUUAGAAAAUCCAACAAUGAUCAAAAAAUUAUACCAUGCAAAGAGCGUCAUGUGGAAACACCAUCAACCUCUUCCACCACCUAAAGAUGAAACACGCCAAGCUCUAUUAUGAGAGACAAAAGAUGCGUGACGCACCUGCUGCACCAAAAACUAAAACUGCAGCAGCUCCUCUCAUACAACAGAGCUUCAUAGAGUCUUUCGCUAAAGUUAUGCCAUAUGAUAAAAAAUCACAAGACUGGUCUGACAUUUUGUUUGCAUUUGUUUAAAAAUCAGAGUUUAAAAAUAAAAAUAAAAAGAACAAAUGCGACAGUAUGGUUAUUUUUAAGACAUUAAUUGAAUUUACAGGGGGAAAAAAACAUACCCUGAUAUAUACCGUUACCGUGAUAUAUAAUUACUCAUACCGUUAUAUAAGAUUUUGUUCAUACCGCCCAACACUAAACCAAAGAUCUGGUUAUGAUUCCAGAGUCGUCUUUGACGCUCGACUUUCCCGGUCAGAGAUGGUUGGAGUCCAGCAGCUCCUCAGGCUGCCGACACUUCAGCUUCAACGCUCUAUAGGUGCCCGCAUAAACUCGGUGAAAACAGUUGAAUGUGGUGUUUUUGUUUCCACUCACGAAGGUCUCCGCUGCAUCAGGUGUUGUGAAGGUUCAUAGGCUCAAAAGUUAAUUGCUUUGGAAGGUCUCCUUCUAAUGUUUUUCAGUUCCAGUCUCAGCAGGGGUGAUAUGCAAGCUAAAAACUGUGACUGUUUCUGUCACUACAAGUCUUGUAAAAACCUGAGGAAAUCCCCACACAAACCUGACACACCUGUACAAAAGCAGCUUAUUGACUAAACUGAACAGCUUCCUGAUGAAAAUCAUUAUUAAACUAUUAGCAUUUACAGCUAUUAUCACCAUGAUCAUCUCCGUGCUACUGUCAUCCUCAUUAGCAGCGUAUCCCAUCAGUUUGAACAAGCAUGAUGUGCCAGAAUGAGGUCUCCAAUCAUUUCAGCACAUAAUGAGACAUGCAUUGAUGGUUUAUGUUAAUCAGAAACUGUGGGUGGUAGAGCACAGUGGAGGAGAAGGAGGUGAUGUGUUUGCAUGAGAAAAGAAAAGCUCUCAGAUUCUCUUCAUUUUGUCACCGUUUGUCCUUCAACACUCGAUCCCCACGUUUGUUGCUCUGCCCUUUGUCUUCUUCACCUCUAACCAUCUGUGUCUUGUUUUAUUUUCUGUCCCUCCCAGGCAAACGCUGAUGCUGCAUGGAUCCUUCAGGAUGACGACAGUGAAGGAAAAAGAGGACACCGUCUAUACUUGAACAUUUCUCUGUGACUCUUUUGAAGAAGUCAUCACGACACUGAUCGCCGAGCAGCAGCUGCACCUGCCUGAAUCAUCCUGUCAUCUCUGCUCACGUCUGGAUUUAAACUUUCUUUUGGAGUUCAAAGUUCAGAAACAGCCUCAGGGCUGUGACCCCUCCCCUCCCCUCCCCUCACCUCACCCCCCUCUCCUCACCUCCCUUCCUCCCCUCUCCUCCUCCCUGCCAUGUCCAACGACAGCAGCUUCCUUAGUGUGUGGGAGACCUCUGAUUGGGCAAACACCUCCCAGUGCCCGCCCUCUGUAGGUGGAGCUACCUGCCUGAUUAUAGCAUACAGCGCCGUCAUCGCGAUUGGGUUGCUAGGCAAUGCAGGCCUAGUGUAUAUCAUCGCCCGGCAACAGGAGCUGCGCAAUGUCACCAACAUCCUGAUUGCCAACCUGUCGUGCUCAGACAUCCUGAUGUGUGUGGUCUGUCUGCCGGUGACUGUCAUCUACACCCUGAUGGACCGCUGGGUGCUGGGAGAGGCCCUGUGCAAGGUAGGGAGGCACAAACAAACACACCACUGUAAUACCAUAUUCAGCCACCAGGGGGAACACGAAGUUGUGCACUUAUAAGAGCAUUUUAAUAACAACCUCUCCAGGCAUCUCAGCAGGCUGUUUUCUAAUCACCACAGUGUUUCUGUCUGUUGGGACCAGUGAUCAGUCUCCAUGGAAAAAACAAAACAGUCCUCGACGGUGGGUUACAUAUCAGGACAAAGUCUCCAUCUGGAUAGAACAACAAGUCUUCACGCACUUGACGUUUACCAGUGUCAUAUGGAUUUUCUCUGGUGCCUGCUCUGUUCUGAACUCUUGAGGUCUUUGCCGAUUCCCCCCGAAUCUGAACAGCCAAACCACCAAAUUUAGCCUAGCACAUGCUAAGACUGCACAAUAUUGGAAAAAACAUAUGUUUUUUUUUCACCAGAUGACCUGAAUAUCACUUUAUGCUGAAAUCUUGAGGACAGUUAACCUGCACUGAUCUUACCUCUUCAGUGAAUGUUAGUAGAAUGGCUUCUGUCUGUCUUAGAGAUAUUUUUAGUUUUUAUUGUGCUGGGACGUUAUUGUGGAAACAGAUGAACACAGAACACGUUUUGGUCAACAUCAUCCUUCUUGUAACCGAAAUAAUUCCUGAUAACUGACGCUACUUUUCUUUUUGGCAACAAAUCUCCAUUUUCUGUGGUCUUCUCUUGUUCGUUGCUCAUUUUUCAAUCGUUGUUGCUGUUACUGGUGUUGUACCAAGAAAUGCAUGUCCUCCGAAAAUUGCGAAACACGCACCGCUUAUAGUCGAGUGGUCCACGGAAAAUCUACAAUUUUAAACCCAUACAGUUCUUAAUUGUGGGGCUAAAGAGUGAUGAGUAAUGUUCCGAAAGUAAUUCUCGGUGGGUUUGCGGAGUUGGAGCUGGCAGCAGCGCCAGCUCCAACUCCAGGGGUGUGGUUUCCUCCUCUCUGAUUUUGAUUGACGACUGGCAGGGUUGUCUGAUUGGCAAGUGAGGAAAGAAUGAAUGUGAUUGGUGGAUUGCUUCAUAGCACAUGAAGAGUCACAUGCAGUGUAUCUCAGUCAGCUACCCUUGAAAUUAGAUGAGUUUAUUCACCUCCGACAUUGCAGGCUCUGCAAUGUGACUAUCGUGCACACGUACAUCGCGAUGCUCAAACGAUAUAUUGUGCAGCCCUAGCACGUGCGGAUCAGAAAAAUUCUGAAAUAAAUUCUCUCACAGUCACAAGUAUUACCAGGAUAUCUUGGCUGUUUCAAGUAUAAUGUGGACAGAGAUCAGAGAGAAUGAGUCUCACCUGAACAACUUCUUUCAAAAUAAAAGUAUACCAUUUUUGGACCAGUUAACCUUGAUGCCAGAAAAGCCCGGACAGCUGUUCUGAUAUUUGCGCUACAUCAAGGGGAAUAUAGGGCUGUGUCUGUUUGGAUACCACAGUUCCAGGGCGUCUCGUUAGCUGUACGGUUGAAUGAAGAGGCCAAAGUCCUCGGUGCAAGGCCCACUGAUUGGCUAAGUACAAGUUUUGCUCCAAACCCAGUCCAAUGCCAGCUUAGCUUUAGCAAUGGCGCUGAACAGGAACCAUGCUGAUUGUCAUGAACUGUAGGUACUGAACUAUCAUGUGAUACACCUUCACCUAAAACAUACAGAGUAUCCCUUUAAACAUCUAACCCUUCUUCCUCACCUGUCUCCAGGUGACUCCCUUCGUUCAGUGCAUGUCAGUGACGGUCUCCGUCUUCUCAUUGGUGCUGAUCGCUCUGGAGCGUCACCAGUUGAUCCUCCACCCCACUGGUUGGUCUCCCGCUGCCGGACACUCCUACCUGGCGGUGGGGUUGACGUGGUUGGUCGCCUGCUUCAUUUCUCUACCCUUCCUCUCCUUCAACAUUCUCACCAAUGACCCCUUUCAGAACAUCAGUCUGCCUACAAACCCUUUCAGGUGAGCCAAGACAUCUGGGAUCGAAGGGGCCCUGUAUUACAUCCUCAGGGCCUGUAGGGGGCGCUCAUAAAUAACAGAGGGUGAGCUGGAAGAGUUUCUGCUUUGGUUUCAUCUGUUUCUCCAGGCAGCAGCUCAGUGUCAGUCCUCAUUAUUUGACCCCUGUGUUUUCCUGUAUUAGCUUCUGUCUGCUGAUUAUUUUCAGCUUCUAACUGAUUUGUUUGCUCAGAGCUCAGGCACAGCUGAGGCCGAGUGUACACGCUUAACAUGUAAUGCAAUUCUGGCAAAGAAUGCUGUUUGCACCAGCUCAGGCCCUUGUUGGAGCUUCAGUUUAGUGGCUGUGUGCAAACAUGGGAUAAAACAAAGGUCCUCGUGGUCUGAAAACUCACCACAAUCUGACCUGAUCUAGACCUUUAAAAAACACAUCUAACCCCCAAUUUUCACGGCAUCCAGAUCCUGAAUGGCGGCUAUUAUCGCUGUCCGCCAAUUCCUACCAGAUCCAUUUGUGAGGCGAUUUCGUGGCGGAUUAGAGACAGCAGGAAUCCCAAGAACCCACAAGAACCUGCAGAUUCAUGUGCAAUCGUACAAUAAUGAGUUGUCUCUAUAAAGACAAACACAUAACCAUAUUAGCAGUAGAUUGUGUCCUUCCAGAGGAGGAAAUCCACUUCUAGACUUCUAGAAUUAGCAUCUCCUCAUCCAUGGUGUCAUCGGGGUGAAAUGACGUCUAAAAACCUUUCACUUGUUCGUCUCUGUCCAUUUGCAUGGUGUGAAAUACGAUCCUCCAGAAACACGGAGUGUUUUAUCUUGAAAAGAAGCCGGAUGUUUUAUUUUGUGUCUGUGCCUGACUUCCUUUCCAGCACAAGUUAAUCUGUGCUGAAUCCGGGAAAAAUAGGACUCUUGCGAUCAGCUGCGGAGUCCAGCGAUCUGCAGAGGAACAGAAAUCAGCCGGUGGAAAUUGACAUGUUAACUUGUAUGGUUACGAUCAGCUAUGAUUGGCGGGUACGGCCUUUUGGUAGCCGUGGAAUUUGGGGGUAAGCCAAAGUGCUGCUGACUCAAACAGACUUAAAACACCAUGGUUUUAAAGGAUCGGUGAGGAGUUUUUUUGACACAAUUCAAGUGACAUUCAACAACACACCUGCAUGUCUGUGUCUCUCAGGGAUCACCUAAUCUGUAUGGAGCUGUGGCCGUCAGAUAAACACCGUCUGGCCUACACAACGUCACUGCUGCUCUUCCAGUACUGCCUCCCUCUCCUGCUGGUGCUGCUCUGCUACCUCAGGAUCUUCCUUCGACUGAAACGACGCAGGUCCAUAUCUUAACUUUGUUGAUAUCCAGCUUUUAAAAUAUCAAAUAAAAAGGUUCAGUUGUUGCUUGAAAUGCUUUUUACGCAGAUGACACAGUUGUUCAUUUUUGAGUGGUUAAAAACAUCUCUGCUACUUUUAGAUCAUCGUCCCCUGAGACAGAAAGGUCCAUAUUUAGAUUUUCUUGAUAUUUUAAUUUCCUCAAAGGCUUCAAAGAUAAGCUUUAUGGUUCUGUUUUAAUACAAUCUUUCUUUUUGAUUUGGGUGCUAGUUAAAUUAGCCUGAUUUAAAGCCUCUGUGACUAUUUAUGCAGAUGACAGUUUUUUAUCUUCAUCUAAAAUCUGCAGUCUGUCUUUGGCUGUCAUGUCCGCCCUCUGCAGUCUUGUGUUUUAAAAACUGAAGUUUUUCUUGCAUCAGAUCCAAACCGCCUCCAAACAUCUCUGCUACCUUUAACCAUACCUUUUCAAUAUUUCAUGCGGUUUGGUUUUACCCAGCCUUUGAGCGGUAUUUUAGAAAUCACAGCUCUGUUUCUCUCUAUGCAGAUGACACCUUUUUUUUUUUCUGUUGCACCCACAGAUGAACAUCUGCAGUCUUGGUGUGAUGUGAAGUCACACCUCCUUCUUAUUACUGGUGUUAAAGACAAAAAAACAACAAAAUAUGAUACAAACUGUUGUUGGAUACGCUUGAGGCAUCCUUACCGAGAUCGUAACAGGUUUUAAAUUUUUCUGCAGCCUGAAUCUUCGUCCUCCAGGAACAACAAAGUCCAUCUUUAGAUUUUCUUUAGUUUUCAGCCUCUUCAACUCGACAAAGACGGGGCCCGAUGUUCGGUUUUAAAGCUCACUCAUUUUCAUCAUUAUUCAAAAGUUUACGUAACUCUGUAUGCGGAGCCGUUAAACUCUCAUACAGCACUACAUUUUUAGAUUAACCUUAAAUGAAAAUAAAACAAUUCUUCUUAAAUUCUUGGUUCUUGGACAUUGUCUUGUCCCUGUUUGUGUAUCAGCAUUGUGCCUUGUGUUCAGAGGGAUUUUUCAGUCUGAUAAAAAGUGCCCUGCUCUUAGCUCUUUGCUGUUGGUUGCAGGGACAUGGUGGAGCGCAGCCGCAGGACUCGAGGAGCCCACAGGAUUAACGUCAUGCUGCUCGCCAUCGUCGUGGCCUUCGCUCUGUGCUGGCUGCCGCUCAACGUCUUCAACACGCUGUUUGACUGGCACCACCAGAUCCUGCCAGACUGCCAGCACGAUGCCAUCUUCUCCGCCUGCCACCUCACAGCCAUGGCCUCCACCUGCAUCAACCCCGUGGUGUAUGGAUUCCUCAACAGCAACUUCCAGAGGGAGCUGAAGAUGACCCUGCAGCGCUGCCAGUGUGGAAACAGGGCGGCGGAGAGCUACGAGAGCUUCCCUCUGUCCACCGUGGGAAGCGAAGGCAUCACAAAAGCAACCUCGCUCAACAGGAUGGGGUCAGUGUGUGUCCCCUCGCCCAGAUUCGAGAUCGGCCAAGCGAGGCCAGUGAAAACGAUACCAGCCAUCACCUAACGAUGAACAAUCUCUUUUUUCUACAAGAGGCUUGAAUAAAGUUCACCUACAGCCAUCUGAGGCCUAGUCAGACACUUCUUCAAAUUCACUUCCAUAACCCUCCGGCCCGAGGAAAUCAUGGUGUUUACGGCUGAGGGGAAAGAAUGAUGUAGCUUCAAGUCCAGGACAUGAGAACAACUCUGAGAAAAAAGGAGAGAACAAGAACAGCUGGUACAAAUGAUUGGUGGUUUAUUGGAGAUUUCAAAUCUCGGCAAAUCACUGAGGCUGUACCCUUGUUUUUUACUCUCUAUUGAAGAGAAUUAGCUUGAUGUCAAUGUCAGCUGUUUUCAGAACCAGAUUAGUUCCCUUAUCAGUCGUUUGACCUUAAAGUUUGAUCCUGUUGCCGUCUAGAUUUUUACUGUUUGUUGUCCAUAUAGUGAAAUCAAACAAUAGUCUUUCAUUCAACAUUACCAGAGCAUUUUAUUUCAGCUUCCUACCCUGAGAGUAACAGCGGGCAAAAACGGACGCCAGUUUAAUAUGUCUGUCAAUGGAUCAGGACGUACCCCCAAUUUCCACCGCAUCCUGAACAGCUAUGAAAAGUCUGUAUCUGCCAAUCGCAGCUAAUUGUACCCAUUCAAGUUAACGUGUCAAUUUCAAAUGACUUCUUUCCGUUCCACAGCUGAUCACAAGAGUUCUAUUUUUUCCAGAUGCCGGAGCAUGCCAGAUAAAUUCAGCACAGAUUAACCUGUGCUGGAAAGGAAGUCGGACACAGAAACAAAAUAAAACAUCCAGCUUCUUUUCAAAAUAAAACACAUUGUGUUUCAGGAGGAUCGUAUUUCACACCAUGCAAAUGGGUGGAGACGAACAAGUGAAAGGUUUUUAGACAGCAUUUCACCCCGAUGACACCAUGGAUGAGGAGAUGCUGAUUUUAGAAGUCUAGAAAUGAAUUUCCUCCUCUGGAAGGACACAAUCUACUGCUUAUAUGUCUAUGUGGCUGUCUUUGUAGAGAUAACUCGUUAUCGCGUGAUUGCACGUGAAUCCGUGGGUUUUUGUGAGUUCUCACGAUUCCUGCUGUCGGUAAUUAGCCACAAAAUUCACCUCACAAACUGAUCCGGUAGGAAUUGGCGGAUGGCAAAAAUCCCUGUCGUUCCAGAUCGGAGCCGUUCCUGAUGUGGUGGAAAUCCCAGGUUAGAGGAUUUAGAGAAAGUUUGAGAAGAAUGUAAACGUGUUUUAUUUAAGUGUACAUGAAUCUAUCAGAUAGUAAAUCUGUUGAUAAGCAUGCCUUGAUGAGAAUCGGACAAUGUGCUUUAUUUAAAUAUAAUGGAAGCCAAUGAGGCUGUUCAUCUUCGGUGUGUUUUAUAACUUAUUUUAUAUGAAAGUUUCUGUCACCGAGUAAGUGAUGACUGCUGUUUUCAGCAUAUUAAAAAAAUUGAAUGUACUUUUCUUCUUUUACCAUCAGAGUCGUUGUCGUUGGAGCCACUCAGCCUUACUUUUUCUGAAUGUGAAGAAACUUUGCGGGAAUGUUCGAAACACAAGGAACACGCCAAGUUUUGUAGCAAAGGUCAGAUCUAACAAUAAAACGAAGAAGUGAUGGAAAGUGAUGUCAGUUUAAAGAUAAAAUCUGUGGUUUUUGAGGUGUCGAGUCGUUCCAGUAAAAUUAGUGGUUUCCAGAACGGGUCUGGCAACUUCAUCUUCGAUCACAAAAAUGAGUCUGAGAUUUCAUGUAUCUGCUCCACAAUUUCAGAUUUAUUUUUUAACUAAAUUCUCUCUGUUUUCAUUCAAAUUAAAUCAAAUUGUCAUUUUUUUUUAGCUUCAGUUUGACCUUUUUCACUUUUCAUUGUCAGUCCUGGGACCCUCCGCCUCAUCAUGGGGUUUAUCUUUAACUCUUGUAUCAGUCAAUAAGUGUUGAACAUUUCAUUAUUUGCUGAAUUUUCUGUCCAGUUUCUCUGUUUAUUGUUGCAUUAAAGAAGUGUGUGAAAACAGG